CGAAAUGGAAAAACGGGGAAACUUGGCUAAAAGCCAGUGGAAGUUAGUUUAUGCCUCCGCGCUUAAGCGUUGUGGACGCGCGAGUGAAGCUCCUAUUCGAUGAUCGUUUAAGCUGUUGAAUAAUUAAAAUUAAAAUGGGCGCUGGAAACAGCAGCUUACCGGUAAACCAGCAUCGAACUUGGAGCGUUGAACCACCACCUCUACCAGCACCACCAUUUCUUAGCAACGUGAGAUCACCAUCUUCAGAAACUUCCACUAAUAAUCGCGAUAUCGAAGACGCUACGGAAGAUGCUACGAAUAAAACUUGUACCACUACGUUCGAUGGGCCUUUGUCUCAGGGACCAAGUCCGUACACAACUUUGCGACGAAAGGAAUGCUGGCAACACGAAUCCAUAUCACCAAGUCCUUCGAAUACUCAUUCGCGACAAGACUCCAUGUUAACCUACGCUCCAGAAAUUGUCGGCUGGCCAUCAAACGGAAGAAUGGCAGUAGACACGCAACACGAACGAAUGGAAUUGACACGAACAGUUUCACAUCUAGCGGCAGCAACUCAACAAUUAGCUUCAGCACAAAAUGUAACAUUGAUGCAUCUGGAGGCAAUUUAUGAUGAGUUGAAGAGAGAAAGAGAACAAAAAAGAAAUACAAAUUUCAAUCACAAGAGAGUAAAUUACAAACUAUUUAGUCCUGAAACAGCAACAAACGAAAGACUGACAAAUCAACAAAAAUUACAACGAAAUUUAGACAGUGAUUUACGUGAUCAUCUUGAUAAUGCAGUGGGACAGCAUUCGUUUGAAUCUAAUGAUGCUGAAUUUCCCGAAAGUGUUUACGAAUUUGAAGAGAGAGGAGAGAGACCCAGUCAGGAAUUGUAUCACGUUGAUUAUUGCAAAAAUCGAGAAUUCAAGAAAACAUUGCGACACACUCGUAAUCCGGGGAAGAAAACAAUUUCUUCAAAAAUGGCAUGGAAAUUUAAGAAAAAUGAUUAUGUUGCUAAAAACAGUUCGUGUGAGAGUAUAACAGCAAGUGUCAAUGACGCUGAAGUUAAUGAUGAUGUCACUAAAUUGGGAACAAAAAAACGCCCUGCUAAGAAACCCGAGAGAAUUAAUAAAUCCGAUGUUAUCGUAAAUUUUGGAAAUGAGAAUUUUGCCGAUUCUGUGCAGAUUGAUACGGCAAGGUCUCAAAUUGUGAACGCAAGACUGAAACUGGAUUUGGAAAGUCAGCAAAGGAUGAUAGAAGAAUUAAAAGACGAUAAUGAGGUAACGAGAAACGAAUGCAAACGCACUGAAGAGAGUCUCGCCGAACGAACCAACGAAAUUGAUAAGCUUUCAGGCAAACUUGACUUUUCGAAAAGAGAAAUUGAAAGGCUGCUAAAAGAACUUGAGACAUUCCAAUACGAAAAGGCUGCUACUGAAUCAAGGAUCUCGAAUUUUGAGAAAGAACUGCAGGAAAAGGACAGAAUUUGUAAAGAAGAAUGCGAUACAACUGAUGUAUUGCGAUCAAAAUUACAAGAAGAAGCUUCUGAUAAAAAUAAAUAUUUCACUGCACUUGAGGAUGCCAAGAAUGAGAUUAAGAAGCUGAAACAGAUUAUACAAGUUGAUAAGGAAACACCAAAUUCCUCAAGUCCAGGCCCAUCAAGAAACGAUUAUGUAACUAUCAAUGCAACACUGGUUGGUGAAGAAUUCAAAAAGGAGUUAAUUUUAAAACGUGAAGCACGACAACGUGCAAUUGCGGCAGUUUCCGCCGAAAUGGAUCGUUUACGAAAAGAAUUGGAUGCUGAAAAGGUAGCACAUUCAGAAACGUCUAAAAUUUUGGAACUAUUGAAAGCUGGACAAAAUCUAUCUUGCACUUCACCUGAAGUGGAAGAAGAAAAUAAAACACAAAUUUGUAAUCGAUGUUCAAAUUUAUCCGAAAAAGACUAUGACACAAAAUCAAACGAAAUUGUACUAGAAGAAAAUACUGGUAAUACAGAGGCUGUGCGAUUGACUGAUCUUUUAAAGAUUUCCGAGGAGGUGAUGAACAAUAUUCGUUUUCAAUUAGAAAAAGCUGAUGAUCUUUUCUAUCAGCUCGACAACGUACCUGAGAUUCAUAAGAAUCGAAUUUUAUCUUUAAAGAAAUUAGCGGAUGAUAUGCGUGAAACAUUAAGAUCAAGAGAACGACAAGUGAGUUUAUUGAAAGAUCGCUUAUCGCAAAUUUUGGUAAAACUUGGUGAUCGGCCAUUUCUCAACUGUGAAGAAGAAAUAAGAAUGGAAAAUAAUCGUCAAUUAGGUGAUCUUCAUAAUUUGCGACGUCUUUAUGAGGAGCGAUCAAGAGUUUUAAUAGAAUGGAAAGAUUCUGCUAUUAGAAACUUUAAUGACGUUAAAAGAGAAGUCAGGAGUUUAAAAGACAAUAACGAAAUACUCGAAGAUAGUUUGAAAAAAGCUGAGGACAAGCUGGAUAUUCAAGAAGAGCAAACUUUAAAUCUAGAAUCACAAUUGGGUCUUGCCAAAGCAGAUUGUAGAGACUUGCAAAAUCAAAUGUCAGUUAUCAAUAAUUUAUUUACGCAAAUGCUACUCGGUGCAUCUUCGGCUGAUAUGGAUUUGGAUCGGUUGACUCAACUAUUACAAGAGAAUCAUGACCUUAUAAGCGACAUGACCCGAGAUAGCGGUACAGAAGCUGCGGCAUUACCAAAAUUGUUAUUGGAACUAAUUGAACAAGUUGAGGGCAGUUCAAAGGGAAAAAGAACUACAGUUGAUUUUGAAGCUGAUGAAAAAAAGGACGAGGAUGAUCUCCAAGAAGAAAAUAUUGCUCACAAUUUACCAAAGGUGUGGCGAGUUUUAUUGGAGUUGCUGCGUUGUCAUGCAGCAGAAACAUCUGCAACGUCAGUCGCUUUGUCAUCAGCUUCAGACACUUGUUACAAAUCAGUUGAUACACCAACUGGACCUCAAUUAGUUAUUUCUGUAAGUAAGACAUACAUUCGUCUAAAAGAAUUGAUUCUCGAAAAGAAACAUGUGGAGAAGGAGAUGAAUCGAAUGAAGCAAUUGAAUACCCAUUUGGAAGGAAAGUUAGUUGAACAGGAAAAAAGACUUUCAAACGUAUCUGACGAAUUGACGAAAACUUGGAAUAUAGUUGGCCGGAUGCAAGCCCAACAUCAGCAACUUCAUACACAUGAAAAAAUUUUGAGAUACGAAUUGCAGCAAAAAAGGAAAAUGCUUCAAGAAUUAAAACAGGAAUUAGAGUAUUGUAGAGAAAAAUGGGAGUCAGCUAGACAGAAGAAUACAAAUACUGAAAUCGAAUGGAGAAGCUUGAGGAGAGAGUUUGCUGCUCGUAAAGCUAUAGCACAUGUAGAUUCAUUGAAUAAUAGUGCUGAAAGUGGAUUCAGUGAUGGUCGUGAUGAUGAGUCAGAUGAAGACAUAGAGAAUGAAGGAAGCAAGGAAAAAAGAAUCAGAAUCAUUGGAGCCAGAAGAAGGAACCGUAAGGAUGACUCAAGGGCCACAUCAGAUACAGAAUCAGAACAGCCAACCGAUACUGAAAUUUCAGAGGCCAAAACUAUUUCCUCGAGUACAUCUGAGCAACAAUUUCCUAUACCCGACGAAGUGAAAACUGAGAAAGUACCAAGUAUUUUGAAUGAAGAGUCUGACACCAUGGUUACUGAGGUCUUGGAAACAGAAGUGGAAAUCUUGGAUCCCUUAGAUAGAGCUUUAACCAACGUUAUUCGAAAUCUAAUAAAAAUUGACGACACAGCUUAUCCAAUUCAAGGUGAUCAAAGGCGAACAGAUUCACAAGAACCUGGUCCGUCCACAGUAUCCUCUGAACCAUCAAAACUUUCCAAAAAGAAGAGCCUCAAAAGAAUGGCCAAAGACUGGACUACACAGUGUUCAUACGAAUUCGAAGAUGAUAAAUCUUUAACUAACUAUUUUCCACCUGACGAGAGUGAUCAGAGGAAUAGUUUAGAUUUAACUUGUUCAGUAGAAAACCAAGUACCCUCUUCAGUAAUUCAAUUUGAGUCUGUAUUUUCAAUUGGACCAUUUCCAUCAAGCAAUUCUGAGCAUAAUGCUUCUAAUACAGACAAUGAAAAUCCUCUACUGCCUCUUUUUGGUAAAAACUUAUCGUCAACGACUGACGAUAAAAUUAGUUCUACAGAAAACGACUUGCAUUCGGAAAUUCAAGAGAAAUUAACUAUGGAAACAAUUUCCACUUUUCUCAAAUGUGAAUCAUCAAAUCAAUCAAGUGUAACAGAUCAGAAAUUACAAACCGGUGAGAAGAGUACCCCUCAACAACAGUUACCUUCCUCAACUAAUAGCAACAACGUUUGUAAUACGAAAAACAGAAGCCCAGAUGAGAUUUUAGCAGCACGUGCAGCUCGUCUAAAACGCCUUGAAGAACAAGCUGAUUGGCUAGUAAGGAAAAUGAAUGCAACCAGUCAAAGAGGAUCAGCUCUCAGCAACAGACUUGAAGAACUUCAUGAAACUUAUGGUUCACCACCAGGACCUCCACCACUACCAGAUGUAUUACCAACUUUCAAAUUGCAAACAGAAAUAAAUUUGGAAUCUCAAAAUAAGCCUUCCAGCUCCUCUGAGAAUGCAGCUGUUUUUGUUGAAAACAAUCAUCAAGAAUCAUCUUCUGAUAAUUUUUCCUGAAUUAUUGAGUAACUGUAUCUAAAUGGUGAUGUUCUAGUCGGAAUGUAAAAACAUGAUUAAAGAACUUUAUAAGAAAAGAAAAGGUUCUUUUUCUAGUCAUAUAAGAAAUAAUGUGACAUGUAUAUUUAUAAUCGAUAGUUAAUGCAAAUUUAGCAUUUUGCAAAAAAAAGACGUAUUUUCAAGAAUAAGUUACACUAUACUUGUACGUGGAUUUUUAAAAAACAAUUAUUAUAGAUUUUGUGUAGCAAUGGUUUGUUUUUUAUUAAAUACAAAUAGUUGAUA